AUGAUUGAUUCGAUACACCAACCUGAAACUGUUGGGCAUGACAGCGAAAGGGAAAACUCGCUGCAGGCUAAGAUCAGCAUACCAGAAGAUUUCGAGAAGAUCCUUUGUGAUCUCAGAAAUCCGAAGUUUUACCUGCAUAACCCAACAUUCAAGCAGCUGCUCAGGGUCCCUGCAGAGUACGUGGUAGACCGGACCAUGGCCAUGUACUCCAACGUAAACCUCAUGGCAGCUCUCAUCCUCUCGGGAGUCACCAGUGUCUCGCUGACUCCGGUAGACGUCUCGAGCAUCAGUGCAGACAAGAGGACGCUUGCCAACUGCUUCAACCUGCUGGCCGAGCUGUGCAUGACGAUCAACGCUCUCAACGUGAUGUUCACCACCUACAUCCUGCUGGCUAUCGCUGCGGAGAUGCCCUCGACACUUUAUGGGAUCCUGAGCAAGUCCGAGGGGUUGACCAUGAUUUAUUUCGUCUCGACGUUUUUGAGCUGUGUGCUGCUUGUUGCGCUUGGGGUGCUGGCACAAUGGCUGCGCGAUGAUGCCUGGGCGGCCUGGACGGCAACGAUUGCGACGGGAGCCAUCUUCUUGACGACUGUGCUUCAUUUCGGCUACACAAUGAGCGUUCUCAUGCCGAUCCAGUACAGUGGGUGGGGCAUGUUUUCGACAUUGGGCCUCUUCUGGGGGAAGGAGGCGAAGGCAGAAGCAGCACGACAGGGCAGAAUCAUCGCGUCCGAGGCCGAGAGCCACCUUCACGUAAAGAAAGAUCACAGGGAAGGGGUAAGGGACGAGAAGCUCGAUGAAGUCGUCGCAGAUCUCACCAAGCUGCUGCAUCGAGCUCUGCCGGAAGCAGCGGAGGAGAGAAUCAGCCACAUCUCCCAGCAGAUGGCGAACGAGGGGCUGGUAGUUGUGGUGCUUGCGAAUGCUGCGCGCAAGGACGCGAAGCUGAUCUAUCAGGUGCUGGGAGGAGAUGACGUGAACUUCGAGCUGCGGCGCGGGGAGCGGCUGGCAGUGAUCAACGAGUUGUUGGAACAAGACAUUUAG